AGCGAGGGGGUAAAAAACACAUUAUCAUGAAAAACAUGCCCACGGGGAAUAUAUGGGGAUCUGGUGAAUCACUCAACAGAAAUGACCCAUCAUCACCCAUCUCAAAUCUCAAGGAGCCUCAAUGCCCUGCCUGCUUCAUCACCCACCUCUUGCUUUUAUUCCUUUCUGGAUUUUUUUAAUGUUGGGAGGAUUUUUGGAGGAGUAAUGAUGAUGGUCGGGUGAGGACUGGGAAGGUAGUGAGUGGUUUUGUCUUGGGGAAAGAACCAGAACGAAGAAGAUGGUGAGCUUGUAAGAGUUUGUUCUCUUUGUUGAUCUUUUCUUUAGGUGGGUUUUCGGUUUUGAGGAUGGUGAGAGGGGAGUGAGGAGGAGUAUAGCAUGGGAAACAUCUCAGUUUUCAGCCGGCUUAGAGUGGGGCUGCUGGUGGUUUUGAUGUGUGUGGGAGCGUCUGUUGCUACUCUGUCCCCCUCCGGUAUCAACUAUGAAGUGGUCGCUUUGGUUGCUAUGAAGAGCCAGUUGAAUGACCCAUAUAACGUGUUGGAGAACUGGGACAUCAAUUCUGUCGAUCCUUGUAGUUGGAGAAUGGUGACCUGCUCUGUUGAUGGCUUUGUUUCAACUUUGGGGUUGCCCAGUCAGGGCUUAUCCGGAAAAUUAUCGCCGGGGAUUGGAAACCUCACGAACUUGCAGUCCGUGCUGUUACAAAACAAUGCCAUUUCAGGCCCCAUUCCAGCUGAUAUAGGAAAGCUGCAAAAGCUUCAGACUCUAGACCUCUCGGGCAACCAGUUCACUGGUUCAAUACCUGAUUCAUUGGGCGAAUUGAAGAGCCUUAACUAUCUGCGAUUGAAUAACAACAGCCUUUCAGGGCACUGUCCGGAAUCUUUAUCCAACAUCAAGGGUCUAACACUCGUGGACCUUUCUUACAAUAAUUUGAGUGGUUCUUUACCCAACAUAUCAGCCAGAACUUUUAACGUUGUCGGCAAUCCUCUAAUUUGUGGAUCUGAUUCUCACAACUGCUCUACGGUGUCUCAAGAUCCAGUUUCUUUUCCUCCAGACCCUAGCCAAGCUGUAUCAGAAGCUGGCGGAUCUAGAAAGCACAAGGUGGCUGUUGCUUUUGGUGCAAGUGUUGGUUCUAUUUUUCUAAUAGUCAUUGUUGCCGGAUUACUUCUUUGGUGGCGUCAUCGGCACAAUCAGCAAAUUUUCUUUGAUGUUAAUGAACAAUAUGAUCCAGAGUUUUGCCUGGGACACCUGAAGAGAUUCUCAUUUAGGGAGUUGCGGAUUGCCACUGGCGAUUUUAGUUCGAAAAAUAUUUUGGGCAGAGGGGGGUUUGGAAUUGUGUACAAGGGUUGCCUGCAGGAUGGAACUCUUGUAGCUGUGAAAAGACUAAAAGAUGCAAAUGCAGUUGGCGGAGAAGUCCAAUUCCAAACUGAGGUCGAGAUGAUUAGCCUGGCCAUUCACCGGAAUCUGUUGCGUCUAUGUGGUUUUUGCUCUACAGCAAAUGAGCGAGUCCUUGUGUAUCCUUACAUGCCAAAUGGCAGUGUCGCUUCCAGGCUAAAAGCAGAUAAUAUUCAUGGGAAGCCUGCCUUGGAUUGGCCAACCAGGAAGCGAAUUGCUCUUGGAACAGCUCGAGGUUUAGUAUAUUUGCAUGAACAGUGUGAUCCAAAGAUAAUUCAUCGGGACGUGAAAGCUGCUAAUAUACUUCUAGAUGAGGACUUUGAGGCUGUGGUUGGGGAUUUCGGGUUGGCAAAACUGUUGGACCAUCAAGAUUCACAUGUGACGACAGCUGUUCGGGGAACUGUUGGACAUAUAGCACCAGAGUACCUAUCUACUGGCCAAUCAUCAGAGAAAACAGAUGUUUUUGGCUUUGGAAUAUUGUUACUAGAGCUGAUUACUGGACAAAAAGCUUUGGAUUUUGGACGGGUUGCAAGUCAGAAAGGUGUCAUGCUUGACUGGGUUAAAAAGCUGCACCAGGAGAAUAAGUUGAAUCAGAUGGUUGACAAGGACCUCAAGAACAACUUUGACAGAGUUGAGUUGGAAGAGAUAGUUCAGGUGGCUCUUCUCUGCACGCAAUACCACCCUGCAAACCGCCCUAAAAUGUCCGAGGUGUUGAGAAUGCUGGAAGGUGAUGGUUUGGCAGAGCGGUGGGAAGCUUCUCAAAGGGUAGAGACACCGAGAAGCAAGACCGUCGAAAAGGAGGAGCAUAAAUACCUGGACUUUGUGGAGGAAUCAUCAUUGGUCGUGGAAGCCAUGGAAUUAUCAGGACCAAGAUAAUUUAUUCUUAAGACUCAUGAAUUAUGGAACUCCAAAUUCCACGCUUCAAUGGGUUCAACGUGUUCAUAUCAAUUGCAUGUAAUUCUUCUGUAAUAUUAUUACAUGUAGCAUAGAUCCUUUUUUCCCCUUCAUUAUUGUAAUUGUUCAUAAUGUUUUGGGUUCAUCUCUAUAUCUAGUGCUUCAGAGUUGAUUACUACAUAAUUAUCUUGUGGUAUCACCUGUUCAUAUGCAUUACUGUGGCUUUGUUAAGUUGCUAUGUUAUAUCUUCUCUUGUAAAUCAAUAUCCAGUUUUGGGCUUUAAAUCA